UUAGCAAAAAGGAUAUGGUUACAUUGUUAUCUCCAGUAUUGAAAGAAGGUAAUCCUCACGGUAAACAAGAGAUAUUUAAUGCAAAUACCAGUAAUUUUGUACGAAUACUCUGUGAAUUAAUAGUACUUUAUAAGAUUAACAUUCUUAAGAAUUGUUAUAAAAACUUUUACUCUGACCUGUACUAUAAAAUUAAUUUUUCUAGUUGUAAAUCGUAUCAAAUCUGGCUUUCUAAUAAUGUCAAAACUAUCGAUAAAACAUUAUCUUUAUUGGCAUUGUAAUUUUUCUGUGCCACAAUGUAUACAGAAUGACACAAGCUCAUUAGUAAUAACAAGCAAUUCUGUACAACAUUAGGUAGAUGUUAUCUGUAAUUUCAUAUACUACAAUACAUGAAGAACAGUACCGUUUAAAAGUAUUUACUUAAUUUGAGAAAAACAAUUAAAAAAAUGGUGUUCAAAUCUUACGACUUUAAAAAAAAUAUUUAAAAGUGUUUAUAAAAAUAUUUUUUUGUAUAUUUUAAAUAAAAUGUGGCGUUCCUAGUGUUUGAAGUUUGAAAAUGUGGGUUUUCGGAGUGUUUUUGGUAAUAUCUAUCCUACAUCAGACCACUAGCUCAAGCACUGAAACCCAACAGACUUGCGAUAGCUGCAGAGUACCUCUGAACCAAACCCUCCUCAUAAACCAACCGGAUCUGUAUUAUUUCGCUACCAAUCCACAACCAAGCCACUUCACUUGCAAAAUAACGGACUGGAACGACCCUUUCUACGAUUUCCAGGCAUCAGACGAAAAACUAUCCACCUUUUGGUACCCGGCAAGAAGAAAAGUACGAUACGGACCAUACGAGUAUGUUCUGUGGGGAGACCAGUACGGCCAGAGACUUGACAAGACUAACAUUGAUUUGUCUGACUUGAAUUCAAUUGGAAAUCAAGAUUGUUUAGUUGAAAACAUUCUUAACACGUCAAACGCCAAGUUUUUAGUACCACAAAUGUGUAACUCUAAUCAUUUAUUUAAAUGCGUUGCUUCUUCGAGAACUUUGAACCAUCAUAUCAAAUCUUACUGUUCAAGUUGCCCGUACUGCUUUGAUAACAACUCUAAAUGCUCCAUUCAAGAGAAUUCAUCGUAUUUUACUCUAUUCAAUUCAAUUCCUGUCUCAAACGACAUGAGAGUCCUCUGCCCUGAUUGUUUUCAAUCAAACACCUGCUUUGGAAAGGUCAACAUGGUUCUAACCUUCAACGAGAAAAAAAGGACCCUGUAUCUAGCGAUAUACUCACCAGAAUGCAUCUAUAAUUGGAAGAAUAAAUCUUAUAUAUACUGUUUCACCGAUGCAAGUGACAAACUUCGAAAAAAAGUCGACAUUGACUUGUAUUUGAACCAAACCAAGCAUCCUUCCAGGAAAGACCGUUCAGUCAUAUACAAUGUGAGGUUAGAGAAGUACAUGGGUACUUACUGGUGUGAAGCGUACUCUAUUAAAAAUAGAAGAGAGACUAGGCAUGUUGUUUCGAACAAUGUCACGGCAUAUAAAGUUAAAGUUGGUAAUGAGUUUAGUGUGAAACUCAAAAUUAAAGAUGUAUGUUCGCAUGCUGAUUGCGAAGAUACUGAUGAUGUAUCCGAUGUGUUUAGUUACUUCAAAGGGAAGGAUUUAGUUACUUCAGAAAACAUCUUAGGAAACGAAGAAGAUUAUGCUAAAAUUCGGUUAAUGGCAAUACUAAAUUUUGAUGCCAAAUCUUCAGCUGAAGUCCUCAUACAUUUAUCAAUUCUUUCAGAUAACUCCCCUGAAGCAGACUACGAGAAAUUACAAGAAAUUUCCUUGGCCCUUCCUGAAUAUUUCGAGUUUCUUUACAUCAAAAGCAGCGAAUUUUGCAAUGGAGAACACCAAGACAACCUUACUUGGCCCCCUGCUUUACCCUACCAAGCUGUAAUGCCGGAGGAGUUGUGUUUACAGGACAACGGCUUCCCGGUUUGGAGAGUUUGUAUUGGUAACUUCCUGUCAGGGUAUUAUUGGGACAAAAUAAAGGGUAGCUGUUCUCUGAAAGAUUUCGGAGAAGAUACAGUAGCCCUGCAUAACUUCUCAGCUCACGAAAUAACCGAGGAUGUGAUACACGACGUGACACAUAUUGUAGAACACGGAAACCUCUCGGUGAGUGAUUUGUUCUACGUGUCUCAGAUCCUGGAUAAGUUCGCUGAUAACGCCACGUCAAACGUCACACUUUUCGACGCAUCCCUUGACGUAGUCAAUGAACUCUUAAAAACUAACUACAGCGUGCUGGCAAACGCUCAAGACCAAUUCAAUUUGACCGAUACAUACUUAAGGAUUAUCGAGAAUGUAGCUAAUAACUUGACAGAGUCUCAGAACAAAGGUUUGACGAUUCAGAAGCAUCAGAUCUUGGUGCACGCUUUCAAUCCUUUAUCUGAAAACGCCUCAGGCUUGGUGUUGUUUCAAAACUUGACUGUAAAGAACAUCGGAAAUUUCAGUGACGUACACAACUGGACUGACGUGGAUCUAGCCCUGUACGUCCCUACAGAAGACAUCCAGAGCAUCAGACACAGCAACCUGUCAAACGUCAGUAUCGUAGCAGUGGUUUACCUCAGCGACUCGUUUUUCUACACUUCAAACUCGAGUAACAACACGCCGAACUUAGUCAUCAACUUAAACAUACCCAAUUACGACACCUACCUAAGAAGUCGUAUCCCGGUGUUGAUCAGGACCAACAGCGAAGCUAGUAACGAGUCUGAGUGUGUUUUCUGGGACUAUGGGGAUCUGGUACAGCCUAAAAAAGGUACCUGGUCGACGCUGGGGGGUGAAUACGGUGGUGAAUUCGAAAACGACACCGGUUUGAAGCUUUGUUACUACUCUCAUCUCACUCAUCUAGCUUUGCUUAUAGCCGAUAGGUUCAACGCUAUAGUUUUAGAAGAGUCGUCUUUAACUAAUACAGUUUUGUCCUGGAUAACUGCCAUAGGAAGUUUGGUUAGUUGUGCAGGGUUGAUGGGUAUUUUUGCUACAGCUUUGACGUUCAGGUCUUGGAGAUCCAGGACGGGAACUCAAAUACUUUUGAAUCUUUCCGUAGCUAUUUUGCUAGAAAUUAUUUUUAUGUACGUUAACGAUACAGUAGACAUGAAUUGUACGUUUCCUGGGUUUGUAUUACAGUACUUGGUUAUAUGUAAGUUCUCCUGGAUGCUUGUCUACGCUUUCUGUCAGUAUUUGCGAUUUGUCAGGGUUUUUGGUCCGAUGCCGCGACAUCUAGUACUGAAAUCCGUGAUUUUCGGGUGGGGUUUUGGUCUAAUUCCUUCACUAACUGUCCUGAUCUCGGACCCAGAAACCUACAACGCCGAAGCAAAAUUCUGUUACCCCACAGGAAUAUCUCUGUACCUUGGUAUAUAUUUGCCCAUUCUAGUGAUUCUCUCAAUUAAUCUGUGCGUCUUUUGCAAGAUCCUUUACGAAAUCACUAGUGGGAGGAUCGAAAAAGUCCAUACAAGGAAAAAUAGAUCUCAGCACGUUAAAUUGGCAGUUCUUCUAUGUUCAGUCUUGGGAAUCCCCUGGAUAGUGGGAUUUCUGUUUAAUAUAGUAUCUUCAGGGUUGUUAAAGACCGUUUUUGUUUAUAUCUUCACCAUCAGCUCCGCCCUGCAAGGUUUUGUGAUGUUUCUGUUCUACGUAGCUUUCAAUCCAGAGACUAGAGCUUUUUGGAGUAGGACUCUGUCAAAUAAGACGAGAAUAUCUUCGAAAAAUAGCAUGUCAGUUUCGAUUAUUUCAUAAAAGAAUGAAGUAUUUUUUUAUAUAUUAUUUAUGGUAGUAGUACCUCUUAGUUAUUUAAUGUUCUUAAUAUGACGUAACGGUGAACGAUGGUUGAACAGUCUUUAUAACACUUGUGUCUAGCCCCAGCAAGGCAACUAUCGAGCUUGACCAAUCACGUUAGAGUUUUGGACAAAAGCGGAUGCAGAACAGCCGUGGCGUACUAUAUAAUUUAUUACAAACAGAUAAAGAAAAUCAAUGAAUAUCUAAAAAACAAAUAGAAAUUAGUAAAAACCCCACCAAAUAACCAACUAACCAAUGAAUUAACACCCUCCAAAUAACCACGCUAAUCAAAGCUUAAUAGUUGCCUUGCUGGGGCUAGACAAAAAUCUUUAUAACUAUCCACGGGAAGGAAUAUUUCGUAAUUUUUAAUUGAAUUAUUCUAAAUUUUUAGUUAAUAAAGAAAAAAAAAUAAAAGUACACUCCCUCAAAAAGUCUUAAUUCACACCUAAUUCACACAUGUAAAAAGUGUUAAAUUUAAUGUAAUAUAUUAUAGGAAAUGUAUAUUAUUUUUUAAGAAUAUAUUCAAUAAAGUAU